AUGGCCUCAUCAAUUGAAGAGUGGAGUGCGCUUCGAGCUGAGUUAGUGAACACAUCAGCUCCAGAGCUACCUAAUCCUGCUCGAUCGGCUUGUUGGGCACUUGUUGGACUAUCACUCUUAGGCGCCGUACUUCACUUUACAACUUUUUGCGUCUCUUGGAUCUCUCGAAGUACCGAACGUCGUUUCUUCAUCAUCAAUGCUCUUGGUUAUCGUCGACCCAUCUUAGCCAACAUUUUUCCAGUGGUUUUCUUACUACAUGCCCUACGUGAGUAUCCUACCAUUCAUUUGAAAAAAAAGGUAUUAUCUUCUAGAAGCAGUGACUUAUGUAGAUAUUUCCUUACAGUCAACUUGGCCGCCAUUACUAGUCUUUUAACAGAUUUGUCCUCUUCGCGUUUCCGAGGUCGAACAAACGCUAUUCAAGGAGCAAGUUAUAGCUUGCUCAUCUGCGCUGGACUAUUCAAAGUAUGGGACCUUGCUGCUCGUUUGCCUUCACUUUCACCUGGUUUUACAUCUUCAAGACCGUUCAUCAAACCAAACAUACCACCAAAACUAUGCACUACAUUCACCUACAUGAGUUUUGCAAUCGUCAUUCUCCUACCAGUACCUUGCAUCGUACUUACCUCUACAGCCAUUGACACACUCGAUUCCAUCACACCUUCACUCAUCACGACCAUUGAUGUGAUCCUAGCUACUAUUAAUGAAUCAGCUGUUAAUGUAGCAACCCAACAAAUCGAACAACUUGAAAUAGCUGCUGAAACAUUAGCAAUCCAUACUAGAAUGUUAUCAGGAUUACAUCUUUUAUUUACAACCGUCACUUUAACUGGAUUUCUUGUGACUUGUUUUGCUCUGACUAGAUCAUUACGUGGUCAAGGUUAUUUGUUUCGUGAUAGUUUAGAUUAUCGAUACGAAGUAGCAGCUGCAAAGGCAAAAGCUUCUGGUCUUACUUGUUUACCACCUGCUCAUCUUCCUGGUCGUCAUCAUCAUAAUCAUUCUACCACUGAAACUCCAUUAUGUGGUCGAGGUGAACUUGCUGCACUGGCUUCUAAAUAUAGUGAUCUUCAUUCAGAAGCUAGUCAAUUACGUAUUGAAGCUAUCCCCAUUUGUAUAGUUGCUGUUUCAUUCUUGGUUUUGGAUCUAUGCGUCGUCACUGAUGCGUUCAAGUAUCCAACUCGAACUUCUCUUGGCUCUAUUCUUCUCAUAGCUAUCCAAUGGGCAUCAUGGAGUUGGGCCGGUAUUCCAGGCCCAUUACUUGCAAUGUAUACUUGCAUCCAAGCUUGUAAACCUAAACCAGCUUCAAUAGAACCACCAGUUAUGGACGAAUCAGUUGGGCUUGGUAGUUUAAGUGAUAUUCAUCAAAGACCUUCAGUAUCAAUCGAUCAACUUUGUUAUCAAAAAUGUUAA